GCUUAGUUUCGUCAAUCAGCUCGAACAGUUCGCACGCACAUCGGAGUUACGGUCCUGUUUCCGUCCCUCUUAGUUGACUAGGUAAUUCGCGAGAUUCGAGAGAUCAUCUGUAUCGGAAGAGACGUGCUGCUAGGACGUGAAGCAAACGAACCCCCCCGUUUAUCUUUCGGCACAGAUUAACCGCGGAAGGAAACGCGAAAGACUUUAGCCUUCCCAGCUCCGUGAGAAACAGAAAAAAAGGCGCAGAGAAACUGUCAAGAUGAGCACGGACGUGGCGCUCAACAAUGACCUCGCUCUAACGGAGGAAAAGAAGAUCACCACUACGCCGGUGAUGGAGUUCUACCGAGGCAAGAACGUCCUGGUCACCGGUGGAACCGGCUUCAUCGGUCGGCUGCUCAUCGAGAAGCUACUCAGAAUCGACGUCCGUCAGAUUAUACUGCUGUCACGGCCCAAGAAGGGCAAAACCCUGGAGCAGCGAUGCGACGAACUGUUUGGCAGUGUGGUGUUCAUGAACCUGAAGAAAAACUACCCGACCUUCAUGGAUCGGGUCAAGAUACUGGAUGCGGACCUUCAGCAUCCGGGUGUGGGGCUGUCGGAGGAAUCUAUCGACUACAUCGUCAAAAACGCACAGAUUGUGUUCCACGCGGCGUCUGACGUCCGCUUCGAUCAGGCCCUGAAGAAGGCUAUCGAGGUCAACGUACGGGGCACCCGGGAUCUGCUGCGGAUCUGCGAGAAAAUCAUCAAUCUAGAGCUCUUCAUCUACAUCUCGACGGCGUACUCCAACUGUCCGGAAGAAACCAUCAAGGAGGAGUUCUACCCACCUCCGUCGGACCCGGAGAAGAUGAUCCAGCUGGUGGAGGCUAUGGAUGAGCACUUUGAGGAUCACAUCAACAAGACGAUCAACGAGUUCAUUCACCCGUGGCCGAACACCUACGUGUACACCAAAGCCCUCACGGAGGACAUCGUGCGUCAGUUUGGCGAGUUGCUUCCGAUUGCCGUCGUUCGACCAUCCAUUAUCAUCGCCACCAACGAAGAACCCAUCGAAGGUUGGACCGACAACAUCUACGGCCUGAACGGGGUCAUCGCCGGGAUCGCCCUGGGGAUCAUCCGUGUCAUGCUGGUCAACGACGACAACGAUGCGGACAUCAUUCCGGCCGAUAUCGUCGUGAAUGGAGUGCUGGCCGCCGGCUGGCAGACCUACAUUGAACGGAAACACGACCGAGCCAUUGAGGCUAAGAACACCAGUACCGAUAACAAAGCUGUGGUACGACCGAAAACCAAAAUUUAUAACUGUGUGACCGGAAAUGAUAACCCCAUUACGUAUCAGAAAAUCUACGACUAUUCCAUCCAGGUGGGUAAGCACUGUCCCCCGAAGCGAUCCCUGUGGGUAGUUUGUCACAAUACCACCACCAACAAGUACGUGUACGAGUACUACAAAUUCCUGUACCAUCUGGUGCCAGCGUUCCUGAUUGACACAUAUCUGCGAGCGAUCCGGAGGACACCACGUAUCAUGGACCUGUACCGGAAAGUGCACAAAUUCGCCACUGUCAUCUCGUACUUUGCCAACGGUCGGUGGCACUUCGAGAAGGAGAACAUGAAGGCCCUCGUUCAGAAACUCUCCCCCGACGACCAGGCCAUGUUCCCGUGCGACAUCGCCAAGAUCAACUGGCGACUACUUCUGGACGUACAUCCACGGCCUGCGACGACACAUCGCCAACGAACCCAUGGACAACCUGGAGGAGGCCAAAAAGCGACACCGACAGAUGCGGUUCGUCCACUGGUUCAUCCUGGCGGCGUACUACUUCUUCUGGAUAGUGCUAUUGUUCUACGUCUUCAAGUGGAUGAUGUUCUGAGGAUUGAAUGAAGGUCCUCAAUCAAUGAGAUCGAACGAUUCCAACCAAGUACCAGGCAGAGUGUGAUAGAGUGCAGUUGUUGGUGAAUGUGUUAGAAUGCAAGUGGAGAAUUGUGCGAAACUGUGUGCGCGAGAAAUUGUAAGAGGAGUGUGUGUCGCGUCCAGUAUCAUCAUUGACUUAGGGUGAGCUUUGCUCGCAGAAAUCCCUCCACCACCACUACACAGUGGGGAAAAUACACGAAGAAUGCAAAUAAAUUCAAGGUAUGGUUUUCAGCGAUGUAAAACAUGAAAAAAAAUGGAUUUCACUGUUUUUUUUUUGCUUCAACAAAACAUGUAUCCAAACAUUUGAUCGUUACUUCAUCAUUAAAUGAAGAUCUUAUUCAGAGUCUUAUUUAUUGCUAGGAACUUAUCCACAGAAAUUUCCAGUUUUCUAUGGAAAACUCAAAUCCAAUUCAAUUUUUAUACUUAUGUUGCUUAGCAACUAGUAAUUGCAAUAUCGAUAAAGUAAAAUCACACAUGUAAUGCACUUGUUUCAAUUGAACUUUAUGUUUGUCCCAAUCAUAAUUUACGUAUAGUUGCAUCUUCGUAGCUGUCAAAAUAAUUGUAAAUUUACAUUAUUUAUUACUUGAAGCAUCCAGCCAGCUAUUUAUUUAUAGUUUUAAUCCAAAAAUUAUUCAGUUGAAUUGACUGGUAAUAUGGUUGAUCAAAUAAGACAUAAAAUUGAAAAGAUGGAUCGAGAAAUUCUAACGUGUAGUUCAUUAUCGUACCCACUGUGUAUUGCUUUUGCUCAAAAACCACCCCACAGAGGGAUUUCCCUGAAUGAAACCCCCUUGCAGACGGCGGCGACCAAAACGACCAGUGGAGUCCCUCUGGCGGGGAACCAUUUGUACAUUUUAUGAAUCUUGAUAACAAUCAUUACGUUCUUCUGUUUUGACUAGCUUUAAGUCACCAAGGUGUAUCUAGUAUGUAUCUUCUAAUAUGUAUAAUAUGUAGGUAGCUCUGUAGUACGUAUCAAGUCUAGGAAGUCUUCCAGUAAAACCGGACGCGCAUCCUACAGACGGGUGUUGAUAGUCGAACGAAUAAAUGUUAAAUUAUUGACUUUAUGCUUUUAGAAAAAUAUGUGGCUCCCUCU